GCGGGGGUGCUGGGACAGCACGCUCCGGGCGGAGGGCGCGGUGGGGCGGGGGUUGCAGCGCGUUCGCUGAGGCGGUGUCGGCGAUGCGGCCUUUUCUCCCCCGCGGCACGCGCUCCGUGACGCGGCCCGGCCCGGGCAGGGUCGGGUGUCCCGGCCGUGUGGGCGCCGGGGCGGUGGCGGAGGCGCCCUGUCAGCGCCGGGCGGCGGCGUUCGGUCGGCAGUGCCUCGCUGCGGGUGUUGCCCCUUCCCCGAGAGCGCUCCUUGCUCGGUGCCCUUGCGCUCCGCUGACACAGGCGGGACUCCCUCACCGUUCCCCGGUGCCGUGUGAAAGGGCCGGCUCGGCCCCGCCGCGAAGUCGGAGCGAGCCCCGCUUUGCCGGGGUGAGGCGUGCAGCUGCUAGUUGUUUCCCUUUGAGAGGAGCCGGGGAAGGUCUGUUUUAGACUGUAAACAACGAAAUACAAAUCCUGUCCGUCCUGUUCUGUGCGGUCUGCAGCACAGAAGCAUGCUUUCCACUGAGCCUCACACUGCCACCCGUGCUCCAGAAUGUCUCUGAGUGAGAAGAACAGUGUGGUGUUUGCCUACGAAUCUUCAGUGCACAGUACCAAUGUGCUUCUCAGCCUGGACGAUCAGCGAAAGCAAGAUAUCCUCUGUGACGUUACCAUUUUAGUGGAAGAUCAGCGAUUCCGGGCUCACAGAGCUGUGCUUGCAGCGUGCAGCAGUUACUUCCUUUCCAGAAUUGUGGGCCAGGUGGACACUGAUCUCAUCAUCACUUUGCCAGAAGAGGUAACACUUAAAGGAUUUAGUCCUUUGCUUCAGUUUGCAUAUACAGCAAAACUUGUUUUAAAUAAAGACAAUGUAUCUGAAGUUUGCAAAUGUGCAGAAUUUUUGGGUGUACGCAACAUUGAAGAGUCCUGCUUUCAGUUUCUCAAAUUCAGAUUUUUGGACUUUAAAUUGGAUCAGCGGGAAUGUGCUAGGAAGAAAUGUUGCACACAGCGUUGUCAGAAAGCAAACCCUAAAACUGGCAAUGUGGAUGAUGGAGACCUAGAAAUAAAUUAUGAUGUAGAAGCACUUCUAGAAAAGGAAUGUAGUCAAAUACCUAACACAACGCCCUGUAAAGAUGAAGAAAAUGCUAAAUCAUCACCUAAUUUCCAAGAUAAUGCCAAUCAAAACUGCGAUCCUGUUCAUUUAGAAAGGGGUAGUGCUUCCAGCUUAUCUUCCCAAUGCCCAAAAUACAGAAAAUUCCAGAAAGCUUUUGGAAAUGACAAAGUUCAUACUUCAGAGUCCAAUUCCAGUAUUAAAGAUGUUCAGGUACCACCAUUUGCAACUUGUCUUGAGAAGGAAAUACCUGAUAACGAUGGCAUACAAAAAGCUCAGGAGUGUGUGCCUAUGCAGCUGAUCUCAAACUGUGAAGAGACUCAGGUAGAAAUGGAAGAAAGGGAAGAAGGCAUUCAGAAAAAAGAAGAAUCAAAGAGAGAUUCUGGGACUCACAAUAUGUCAUGUCCUGUGGAGAAAAUGGAUCUUGCUGCUUUCCCCCAAAACUCUGCUGCAUCUCAUGGACCCAAUUCUGUGUCUGUUUUACAUAGUUGUGAGCAAUAUGGUAAUCUGAAUUUCAGUAGUAUGCAAAACAACACCGUCUUAGCUGAAAAAACUGUGUUAAGUACUGGAGCUGGAAAUGACAAGACUGAAAGUCAAGGUAACCCAUCUUCAAAAGUGGAUUUGUGCAUUAGGGGAGCCACUAACAUCACCUCAGCGGGAGAUCGAAGCAGUGUGGAGAGAGAGAUAGCAGAACAGCUAGCACAGGGCUUCUGGAGUGACAUUCACAGCACAGAUGCCGGCCAAAUACAUUUACCACCUGCAGUUUCUAAAGAUUCCUUGGAGCCGGCGUAUUCGGGGAAAAAAUCCGAGUGUCCGUGGCUGGGGAUCAGGAUCAGUGAAAGCCCUGAACCUUGCUCCCAGCGAACUUUUACAACGCUCAAUUCCGUCAGCUGCCCCUUUAUAAGCACCCUGAGCACUGAAGGAUGCUCCAACGCCUCGGAAAUAAGCAGUGGAGAUUAUGUUCAGGGACAGCAGCAAGAACAGUGCUCCUAUAACUACGUGAUAAGUUUGGGCGAGGAUUCGGAGACAGACACUGAGGGAGACAGUGAAUCCUGUUCAGCGAGAGAACAAGAAUGUGAGGUAAAACUGCCAUUUAAUGCACAAAGGAUUAUCUCACUUUCAAGAAAUGACUUCCAAUCAUUUCUGAAAAUGCAUAAAUUAACUCCUGAACAAUUGGACUGUAUUCAUGAUAUCCGAAGACGAAGUAAAAACAGAAUUGCAGCACAGCGAUGUCGCAAGAGAAAACUUGACUGCAUACAAAAUCUUGAAUCUGAAAUUGAGAAACUGCAAAAUGAGAAGGAGAAUUUGCUGAAGGAAAGAAACCACAUUUUAUCAACUCUGGGUGAGACAAAGCAGAAUCUGACUGGACUUUGCCAGCAGGUGUGUAAGGAAGCAGCCUUGAGUCAAGAGCAAAUACAAAUACUUGCAAAAUAUUCUUCUUCAGAUUGUCCACUCUCGUUUUUGUUCCCGAAAAGAGAACAAACUGCUCCAUCUGAUAGUGAGCUCGUGGUCCCAGCAUCUGUAGAAUCAGCAAAUGGUCUUUCAGGUGCCACACCUACAGCUGAGCAGAGAACCUGUUACCAGUGUGUCCAAAGCGUGUGUGAGGCUGAGCGUGAUCAGGUACAGGAACCGCAUCCCGUUUGUGCCAGAACAGCGGAGCAAACGCCGCUCAUGGAGCAGUGUGGACAGAGCAGUGGCAUCACAGACUUCUGCCAGCAAAUGACUGACAAAUGCACUACAGAUGAGUGAAUUUCUCCUUCCAUUGCCAGCCUCUCAGCAUUGCAACUGCAAGUGGGAUUGAGCAUUAUUGGAAAGUAACUUACUAAGUGAGAGAAAAGAUAGAAGUUUAAUCUUUUGAAACUAUAUUUACAAUUACGUGGUCACCAUUAUUACUUGGCAAGCUUUGGGUUUGCUCUGUGUAGUUCCAGAACAUAAUUUGUAUGUGUCAGCCUUGGAGCUUUUUCUGUGUGGUUAUGCCAAGGAGGGUUCAGGAAAGCUGUUGACAAGUACAGACUCCUUUCACAGGUGCUUGUUUGUGAGGAAGUUUUGUUCAUGUAUAGAGCAGCCUACUCUGAUUUAUGCCCCAGUGUUAAAAGCCACUCUGCGUUUUAAGGAAAGCCUCCUGACAGCUGUUUAUGCACAAUGACUUCUAUAUCUGGAGUUCUUCUAAGACUUCUUUUUUCCUGGUAGGCAAACCUUAAGAAGCAUAUAUAGCUCCAUAAAUGUUCAUUUUGUAGAUGGUCUAAGUAACGUGAUAGGAUGAAGAGAUUCUGGAAGGUGCACUCUGGAUUAGCUCCUUGUUUCCUGCUGUUCCCCUCCCCAUCCCAGAGACGACUUCUACUGAAUUAAAGCAGUAGGCUACUACUAGUAGUAGAAUUGAUUAGUAGUAGACUUUUAUUGAUUAAGUGCUUUUGUCUCGUCUCUCUAGUACAGAAUUUAAAAAAUUUUAAAAAAUUAAACUGGAGCAGCAGAGGUGCUGCCACAUUACUGCUCUCUCCUCUACAUUUAGAGGGAGGAAUAACAAUGCACUGUGGAAGGCAGACAUGUGAAACUGAUACAGUUCUUGGAUGAAUGUGCAUCAGCUCCUCUGGCAUCUGAAUCCCAUAGGCUUAUUAAAACUCACUGCUGUAUUGUUCUGGCAUCUUCA